UGCGUACACAACCCAUUAAAAUAUCUUACAGGCAUCGCCUUAAGCGAUCGCGAUGGACUUGCUGACGCUCUGUCCAGCGUCAAGAGCCUUGUCGCGGAGGGCGAGGGCAUGCUCGUGCUUCUCUUUCGCCAACAUCUCUUUCUCCUCACAAAUCCUUGACGCUGACUCUAUGCCAAUAUCCAGGACUUCCAAUUGCCGGCGGUGGUCGUCCAACCGCACAACGUCCUCAUCUUGUAAAACACCCUCCAUAGCCUGAUGCGACGUCUGCCGCACAAGUUUCGCGGCAGCGAGUGCUUUCUGGCGCAAUUCCUGCGCACGUGACAAUGCUUCAUCAGCCCGGCGUUCCGCUUCCACACGCUUCGCUAUGGCUUCUUCUUGACGCCGUCGCACGGCUUCGAGCUGUUCAAUUUGCUCUCGAAUGACGUUUUCCUCUUGCAUUUGCCACAUUUUUUCAUGCCGUUGACGCUCCUGGGCCUGCAACUCCUCGACAGCCUUUCGCGCACUCUCCCUGACAAUAUGCGCGCGCUUCUUCAUAUCCAAGACCGUCUGCAAUUUCUUGAACUUUUCAGCUUUGGCCAGCGCCUUUUGUCGCUCGAUAUCCCGCAAUGCCUUGUCCGCUUCAAACUGCAGCCAGAGCUCCUCUUCAACUGCUCGCUUUUCAAUCUCCCCCCGCGCAUUGUACUCCAUCAUGGACACCUGCAUGACGGCUUUCAACAUCUUUUCAUCGCGCUCAGCUUCAGCUUCCUGUCGCUUGCGCCGUUUUUCGUCGAGCGUCGCGCGAAUCUUCAUCAGAGCGAGAAGUUCCUCUUGCUGCCACCGUUCUUCAUCGACAACCGUCAUGGCCUCGAUGCGUUCUCGUUCUUUUUGUUCUGCCUUAGAGACAGCUAGAGUCGCCUCCAUUUCACGUUGAUGGGCGAGUUCGAUGGCCGCGCGGCGUUCGCGGCGUUUUUCCUCCAUGGAUAAGCGUUCAAUCCGAGACGGAUCUAAAGUGUUGUCGUCGUCAUAUUCAAGGGUUUGCAAGGAGAUCGAUCUAGCCGAUGCAGGUCUCGUCGAUGGCACUGUGCUCAUGCCGUUUGACGGUUGAUGGCGACACGCAUGCAUCUCCGUCUCCUCCCGACGGCGUGGUUUUGACGGAUGUGGUGUCGAGUUCGC